AUGACAUACCUGUUUACUUUUCACAUGGCCUCACAGGGUGCAGCAGUAUCGUUGGUUGAACUAGGUGAAUAUCAGAAGGCUUCAGAUCUACUUGAGAAGCUAGUUAAGGUAAUCCCCGAGAAAGCAGAAGCAUACCGCUUGUUAGGUGAAGUAAAGUUUGAGCUCAAGGAUUAUGAUGGGAGUUCUUCAUCAUACAGGAACUCUCUAUCUUCAUCUGACAGCAUUGAUUUUGACGUUCUCCGUGGGCUGACAAAUUCAUUAGUUGCUGCUAAGAAGCCUGAUCAGGCAGUCGAAGUAAUUCUGUCUUGCCGUCGCAAGUUGAGUGAAAAGCGUCAAACCAGGCAACCUGAUUUGGAGGCUGCAAAUGAGAAUGGUGGUCAGGAGUUUCGAGAUAUUGAUCCUAUCCAAGUUGACCUGCUUCUUGGAAAGGCCUAUUCUGAUUGGGGCCAUAUCAGUGAUGCUGUUACUGUUUAUGAUAACUUAAUCACUGAACAUCCUGAAGACUUCCGUGGUUAUUUGGCGAAGGGAGCUAUACUGAAGCAAAAUGGCAAGGCAGGUGAUGCAGAAAGAAUGUUUAUUCAGGUAUUGUCUUCGUUUGUGAUAUCUCCUUUCAAGAGCAUGUUUCGUUUUUGUUUGUGGCAUCACAUACCAACGGUUUCAAUGUCUACUGGCCUCAAAAUUAAUUACUACAAAUCAGUUAUGGUACCUAAUAACACCCAGAAGGAUAGAGUUGAGUUGAGCACUUCACCAACACUCUAA